CUUUGAACGAGGUCGCGUUCACGACAAGCUAACAGACGCUCUCUGUAACGAACGAAAUUUUUGCAUCGUUACGGCCUUACUUUAUCCUCAACAAUGUGGAAGCGCGUCAUGAAAAAUCCUCAUAAGGUGUUGCCUCAACUUCUUGCGGCGGGUAUUGGUUCUUGGGGAUUCUUCUGCACUGGAGCUGUCCGCGGAUGGAGUUCACCCGGAAUCCCUUCCCUCAAUGCGACAAAGACUUUUGAGAUGGAUGCAACAGAAAUGGCAUGGAUAGCUGCUAUGCCACCGUUAUGUGCUCUUGCUGGUGCUUUACUCAUUGGCUAUCCAAUGCAACGAUACGGCCGGCGGACAGCGUUGAUUGGAUUGAGCUUUCCUUUCUUUUUAGGAUUUCUUCUGAUGGGUUUCACUAAUCUCGCCCAACACAAAGCUAUUCUCUUCGUUGGCCGUCUAAUGUCUGGACUAAUGAACGGAGCUGCUACUCCCGCAUCACAGAUUUACAUCAGCGAAUGUUCAUCACCGCGCAUCCGUGGAAUAUUAAGUUCAUUUACGGCCAGUGCUUUGGCGUUAGGCAUUUUAGUGGCAUACAUAAUCGGUGCCUUCGUCGAUUGGUGGGUCCUGGCGUUCGUAUUGAGUAUAUUCCCGUUGAUGCUUCUUACCGGUAUGGUUUUCAUGCCUGAAACUCCUAUCUGGCUUAUAUCCCACAACCGAGAGGAUGACGCAAGAAAAGCUCUGCAACGUCUACGUGGAAAGCGGACGAAUAUUGAAGCAGAAUUCCAAAGGCUAAAGGAGAACCAAGCGAAAAACAGCCAACAACCACAAAUCCAGCCGAAAGAAUUAUUGAAAGGAUCUGUUUUGAAACCGUUGGGUAUUUCUAUGGGAAUCAUGUUCUUCCAGCAAUUUACUGGCAUCAACGCCAUGAUCUUCUACACUGUCAGCAUCUUCAAGUCAGCUGGAACCACAAUCGAUGGACGUUAUGCUACUAUCAUUAUUGGUUUCGUCCAGCUCAUCGCUACAGCCGCAUCAGGAUUUUUGGUGGAUCGCUUUGGACGUCGCUUGCUUAUACUCUCAUCCGCGACGAUAGUCUCUUGUUCAUUAGCGGCCAUGGGCACUUUCUUCUACAUGCAAGCCCAAUGGGGAGUCGCUCUAGCUACAGAAAAACUUGGUUGGUUACCUUUGCUGUCGCUCAUUGUUUUCUUCAUCGCUUAUUCCGGAGGGUACUCCAAUGUUCCAUUCAUCCUCAUGGGUGAGAUGUUUCCGGCUCGUUAUCGUUCCAUUCUUGGACCGCUCAGCUCUUCGUUCAACCUGUGCUGUGCGUUUACCGUCGUACGGAGUUUCCCUCUGAUGCAAAUUGCAAUGGAAAAGUACGGAGCUUUUUGGUUCUUCAUGUGCUGCACGCUAUUGGGAAUCGUCUUCGUCUUUUUCCUUCUGCCUGAAACCAAAGGUAAAACGCUGGAGGACAUUGAGAAACUCUUCUCUGUCAAAUACAAUGCCGAUGGCACGUUGAAAAUCAGUGAAAUGCAGCCGGACAACUAUUCAAAUGGAAAAACGGCAUCUAUAGCUUCUUCUGGUAUUACAAUGGACGAUCCAAGUCGCGCUUCUUUCCAUAAGCAGAAAGGCAAUCCGGAUGGCAAAAUUGCGAUAGAAAAUGGAAAUGGUUUUCAUCCAGUGGCCUUAAAUCCAAUUGCCGAUUCGGAGGAUGAAGACGAAGAUGACGGUUCACUCGUUCCAGCACCCAUUUAGAGCAUCGGCUGUCCUGUGCCUUAACAGAUACACUUACGAAGGCUUACGGAAAUUCUUAGUGGCAUGGCAAUUUUAUUUCCUGACAAAAACGGAAUAGUCGAUGCGGUAAAUCAGUUUAAUAAUUUAAUAGCUCAUGACUCAAAGAUUUUAUAUUUACCCGUGUUCUUAGAAAUGAACUGUGCAAAGCUGCAUGUAAUGAUGGUUUGUUUUUACGAAUUUCACUUUGUGUAAUUGUAAAUUUUGUUUUUUGUCUGGAAAGAAACUCGGAAAAUGAA